UAUUUUCAACUAUACACCUUAGCCCUCAGGCCACUUAAUGCACCGCAUACAAUCGUCUUAUCACCUAUUCUAGUACUACAGAGUAGACUAUACAGAAAAAAGAAUCUGUCUUGUACAAGCCGCUCUCUUUUGCGUAUCAUGUAUAGUUUUAGGUGUAUUUUAACCUAUAUGCCUUACCCCUUAAGAUACUCAGCGCACCGCAUACGAUUAUCUUAUUACCUAUUAUUGUACCACAGGAUAGACUAUCCAAAAAGAAAGAAUGUGUCUUCUGCGAGCAACUCUUUUGACCUAGCAUAUAUAGUCUUAGGAGUACUUAAACUAUACGCCUUACCCCUCAAGCUACUCAAUACACCGCACACGAUCGUCUUGUCGCGUAUUAUCGUACUCCAGGAUAGCUUAUACGCCGGCAAUUUUCUCGAGCUACACACUGAGGUAACAUGUUCUAAAAAUUGUUGUUUAUCGAGUUGGCUUAACCUGAUUAUGGAUUGUUCGCAAAAGGAUAUCAAUUGAUGUCUUCUACGAGCAGCUUUCUUUUGCAUGCCCAACGCGACGGGUUGUCUGACACCGCUAGGGCUGGCGAUUGUGGGGUAGUGUCGACAAUUAAUCCGUGCGUCAUUCACUCUUAACUCCAUUAGCGCGACUCGUGCCUGCGACAUUCGAUCCAUCCAAUCUCCAUUCAUCCAUCACCAGCCACGAUGCUUUCGUAACCCGCAACCAUGGACGCGCCAUCAGCGCAGCUCAACCUCGAGAUUCGCGAUGCGAUCGUGAAAUCACUGGCGACGCGCCGCCCAAUCCUCCACCACCUUAACGCCGACACGUCGUGGUUGCUCCAAAUUCCUCGCCCGUCCUCCGCCGUCAAGCAUGGCGGCCGGAUAUACUACAACAUCCUCAUCGACCCGUGGCUACAGGGCCCACAGUCAGACGUAGCGCGCUGGUUCUCGCAGCAAUGGCACGCCAUCGAGAGUGCGGUCAAAGACAUUGCCGAGGUGGAAGAGCUGGCCAAGCAGAUUGAGAUACUAUCUGGGGGAGGAGUGCGCACGGGAAAGGGUCGGAGGAAAAGCAGAGAUGUUGGCGCAGAAGUGGAGUCGUGGAUUGAUGCUGUAGCCAUCUCGCACGAGUUCACAGAUCACUGCCAUCAGGAUACACUCUUAGAAGUUCACCCAAACGUGCCAGUUUUCGCGACCCAAGAAGCAGCAAAACUCAUUUCAAGUUUCAACCACUUCCGCUCUGUAACCACAACACCGACCUUUACCUCUGCCUCCCCGGACUGGCACGACUACUCGCUCCUCGAGCUCCCGUCCUGGCUCACCAUCACGCGUCUAACCGCAGCCAACGACGCCCUCGAUUACCACUCCGCACUCCUCAUCACCUUCGCAACACACCCUUUUCUCCCCACGACACCGAGAAAGCGUUCCUCGCUCUCUAUUUACGGCGACGAGCCUUCCUCCACCGCCCCGGAACCCGCCGAAUGUGUCAUCUAUACCCCUCAUGGGAUUCCGCACACAGCUCUGACCCCCAUCGCAGCCGCGGAUCCUCCACUACAUACCCUCGCUUUUUUGCACGGGUUACAUGACGUCUCCAUCUCCGCGGCGCAACAGCUGAAUCUCGGCGCGAAGAAUGGCGUUCUAGCGCAACGCUUGUUGCGCGCGAAAUACUGGGUUGCUACGCACGACGAGGUGAAGAAAGGUGGUGGAUUGGUAUCGUGGUUUUUACGGAGGAAAGUUUGGACGUUGGAGGAUGCGUUGAAGGAGGCGAAGGCGGAGAUGAGUGGUAGUAAUGAGCUUGAUGAUGAUGAAUUCGAGGGCGUGAAGCUGGAAGAUGUUGGGAAUGGGGAUAGUCGGAUUCUUGAAUGA